AUGCGUCUGUCUUCAGGUCUUCUCGCGGCUAUUGCCUCGGGUGCUUACGCCCAGAACUUCCCCCGCUUCGCCAACAGCAGCACGGCUGCUCUUGAGUCCAGCACUACCCUCCCCUCCAGCAUUGACACCACCACUGGUGCCGCUCCCAGCUCCACCACCUCCCCUGCCGCUUCUCAGUCCGUCGAUCUUGGCGACGCCCAGCUUGGUCAGGGUUGCAGCUUCGUCACUGGUCCUGAUGGCAAGACUGCCAUUCGUAUGGCUGCUGUCGCCAAUGGCGUUGCUGAGUUCAGCACUUCUCCCGAGAUCACUGAGCUCGAGACCGGAAGCCAGAUCCAGAUCCGCUUCGACAUCAGCGUCAGUGCUGUAGUUGAGGCCCGCAAGCGUGCUUUCGAGGGCUGCACCCUCGAUGUCAAGCUCGACGGCGAGACCAUCUACUCCGAGCCCCUCGCCGACACCAACGGUGCUGCUGUUGAGCAGGCCAGCAACCCUACUACUCUCAACUCUGACAAGCCCGAUAUCCAGUUCCUCCAGUCCUGCGGUUCUGAGCCCGUCCAGCUCGAUGUCUCCAACCUCGCUGUCGCUUCUGCUACUGAUGGUGGCUCUACUGGCCUUCCCACUGGUGCUGCUACCGAGACUGCUACCGGUACCGAGACCGGUACUGAGGUCGCUACUGGCACCAACUCCGAGGGCGCUACCACCAACUCUGAGGGUGAAACUGUGAUCCCCACUGGUUCUGAGACUGGCUCUGCUACCGCUACCGGUACCAACUCUGAGGGUGCUACCACCAACUCCGAGGGCGAGACCGUCUUCCCUACUGGCACUGAGACUGGUUCUGCUAUUGCUACUGGUACCAACAGCGAGGGUGCCACUACCAACUCCGAGGGCGAGACUGUUGUUCCUACUGGUACUGCCACUGGCACCGAGGCUUCUGCUUCUGCCUCUGCUACUUCCCCCGCUGGCUUCCCCGGUUCCAUCGGUGUCUUCACCCUCUUCGGCUGUGUCGGUUCUUCCGCCGGUUUCCCCACCUUCGAGCUUGCCGAGACCAACGCUCAGAUGGAUCUUGAGCGCUGUGCUUCUCUCUGCACUGGCCGUGCUUACUUCGGUGUUUACGAUACUGCUUGCUACUGUGGUGAUGAGAUUGAUGCCGACAACACCAGCCGUGUUGACAUCGACCAGUGUGAUAUCGAGUGCCCUGGCGACAAGGACAACUUCUGUGGUGGUGAUACCCGCCGCAACCGUCUCCAGGCCCGUCAAGCUGUUGCCGCUGGCCGUCUUCUGACCGUCUACGUCUCUGCCGCCGGUGCCGGUGCCACUGUCACCGACUCUGUCACUGAGACCGUCACCGACCAGACCACUGUCACCACCACCUUCACCACUGCCAUCACCAAUGCUGAGACCACCACCACCGCUACCGUCACCGCCGUCCAGAUCUGCGUCAACGGAAAGUGCUACAGCCAGGGCUCUGACCGCACCGUCUUCAUCUUCAUCGAGGUCAACGGCAGCGAUUGUGACAACGAGUGGGUCUACAUCACUGAGGAGUGCUCUUGCCAGGGCGGUAAACAAUACGUCCCCAAGUUCUGCUCCGGUGGAAGCUGUGCCGGCGAGAUCGUUUACAAGACCCAGGAGUGCCACGACUGGUGGAACCACGAGACCUUCUUCGUCGCUGCUGACUGCGGCUGCAAGGAGGAAACUGUUAUUUACAAGCCUUGGGAGAACAGCUGGGGUACCCCUGAUAACUGCAAGGCUGAGUUGGUCCCUGUCUGCUCUGGCCCCCACUGCCCUGUUGUCAAGGUUCCUACCCACGGUGGCUACACUCACCCCGUUACCAACGGCACCUGGACCAACGGUACCGCUCACUGCUCUGGCCCCCACUGCCCCAGCGGCCCUGUCCCUCCCUGCUCUGGCCCUCACUGCCCCAGCACCAAGGUCGUCACCCUUGUCCCUCAGUGCAGCGGACCUAGCUGCCCCGCCAAGCCCACUGGUUCUCAGGAGACUGGCUCUCACUGCAACGGUGUUGACUGCCACGUUGCCACUGCCACUGGCAGCGGCCCUAAGCCCACCGGCACUGUCCCCGCCAUCGUCAACGGUGCCGGCAAGCAGGUCGUUGGAGCUGCUACCCUCUUCGCUGCUCUCUUUGCGGCCCUUCUCUAG